GAGAGAGAGAGAGAGAUGUCGGUACCAGUCAGAGAUAGGCUACAUAUGCGUUUUUAACUCGACCUUACAUUAGCCUUCAUGUUUACGCUCCGCGUUCUGGGAGUUUUCCUCCGCGUUACGUCUUGAGAGGUAUCCGUAUUUAGCAUAACCCGCGUGCUGGUUGGCUGAGACACAAUCAUCCCAUCUUGGCCGAAACAAACUCACCCUGCCACAGCGAAGAGGACCGAGGGACCGCGGCGCAUCGGCUCCGCACACACGGCUUUCAUUUUUGACAAAAGCCGGCUCAAACCGCAGGGGCUGUCUGUCGCCUACUGGGAGCUGGACUAGUGCAAUGAUGACGGGCAAAUCCGUGAAAGACGUUGACAGAUACCAGGCUGUCCUCAACUCUUUACUGGCGCUGGAGGACAAUAAAUUCUGCGCUGAUUGCCAAUCCAAAGGUCCAAGAUGGGCGUCCUGGAAUUUGGGCAUAUUUGUCUGUAUCCGCUGUGCUGGUAUCCAUCGAAACCUGGGGGUCCACAUCUCCAAGGUCAAGUCUGUCAAUCUGGACCAGUGGACACAGGAGCAGGUCCAGUGUGUUCAGGAGAUGGGGAAUGCCAAAGCCAAGCGUCUCUAUGAGGCUUUCUUACCUGAGUGCUUUCAGUGCCCCGAGACAGACCAAUCUGCAGAGAUCUUCAUCAGGGACAAGUAUGACAAGAAGAAGUACAUGGACAAGGUCAUUGACAUCCAGAUGCUUAGGAAAGAAAAGAGCUGUGACAAUAUACCCAAGGAACCAGUUGUGUUUGAGAAAAUGAAAUUGAAAAAAGACAUCAGCCCCAAGACAGAUCCCCAGUCCGUUACAGACCUGCUUGGAUUAGAUGCCCCUGCUCCAAGUGCCGCAGUGUCUAAUGGUGGAGGAUGUGUUCCAGACAGUAAUGAGAGCCCGGCGGUGUCCAAUCCAUCUCUGGUGCACUCUGCACUGGAUCUCUUCAGCUCCUUGCCAGCACCCUCCUCUGCUUCCUCCAUUAAAACCACGUCUGUUUCCAGCUCCAUGCCUCAGAGCAGAGUGACUGCCUCCGUGCCCGACAACCUCAGUCUGUUCAUGUGUUCGGCACCCAAAGCAGAGGAGGGCACUGUCAAGAAACUGUCCAAGGACUCUAUUCUGUCCCUUUACGCCUCCACCCCCUCAGUGCACGCCAGCAGUAUGUCAACUCACGCAGGCUUGUACAUGAACCAAAUUGGAUACCCGACACACCCCUACGGAUCGUACCAUUCUUUAGCCCAGGUAGGUGGAAUGGGAGGUUCCAUGAUGACAUCACAGAUGGCCAUGAUGGGACAGCAACAGAGCGGAAUGAUUGGAGUUCAACAGAACGGCAUGAUGGGACAGCAGGGUGUCAUGACUCAGCCAAGUGGCGUCAUGGCACCACCCUACAUGACGGGCAUGACCCAGGGCAUGAUGGGACAGCAGCGAAGUGGUAUGAUGGUACAGCAGCAGAAUGGCGUUAUGGGACGACAGCAGCAACAGAGUGGGAUGAUGGUGCAGCAGCAGCAGAAUGGCAUUAUGGGACGACAACAACAACAGAGUGGGAUGAUGGUACAACAGCAGAAUGGAGUUAUGGGACGACAACAACAACAGAGUGGGAUGAUGGUGCAGCAGCAGAAUGGUGUUAUGGGACGACAACAACAACAGAGUGGGAUGAUGGUGCAGCAGCAGAAUGGUGUUAUGGGACGACAACAACAACAGAGUGGGAUGAUGGUGCAGCAGCAGAAUGGUGUUAUGGGACGACAACAACAACAGAGUGGGAUGAUGGUGCAGCAGCAGAAUGGAGUUAUGGGACGACAACAACAACAGAGUGGGAUGAUGGUGCAGCAGCAGAAUGGUGUUAUGGGACGACAACAACAACAGAGUGGGAUGAUGGUGCAGCAGCAGAAUGGUGUUAUGGGACGACAACAACAACAGAGUGGGAUGAUGGUGCAGCAGCAGAAUGGAGUUAUGAGACGACAACAACAACAACAGAGUGGGAUGAUGGGGCAGCAGCAGGUUGGCGGUUUACCUCAUCAGCAGGGAGGGCAACAUGCACAGCAGCUACAGUGGAACAUUACCCAGAUGACAGAUCAACACAUGGCCGGCAUGAAUCUCUACAACACCAACGGCGUGAUGGGAUACAGCAAUCAACAAAUGGGAGGCUCAACAACUCCAAGCUCAGCGCACAUGACAGCACAUGUUUGGAAAUGAGUUCAUCUAUCCAGGAAGUGAUGUAACGCCAAUGACCGACGAAAGAGAGGCGAACUGAGUUGAAGGAAUCUGUGGAUCAGGUUCUCCAGGAGACAUUUUCUAAUGCAAGGGAGAGGGAAGUGGAGGAGGAGACGGGUGUGAAGAGGAACAAGGUUUGGAAAACCAUUACUACCUCUCUUUCUCUCUCCUCUCUGACCAUGCUUCCUCUUCUCGACACAUCCAUGGCCAUGUUUUGCAUAUUUCCAUGUUUGCCUUCAGAACACUUUGGUAUGAUGACCAAGACAACAGGGUUCAGAGGUUCACUGGUUACGCAUCUUUCUUUGUACCUAAUAUGUGGGAUUGUGUGCGCACACAUCUGCUGUAUGUGGGUGUCAACAAACUGUUUGACAUAAGAGAAUAGUUUGUUUUUUGGAGAAUUUUACAGUUUUUCUUACUUGAUCAGAAUCAGAAUUAAGAAGGUUAGCAGAGCUAAACUCAAUUGGUUUGUGUGCCAAGCAUUUCAAGGAUAAGGUGUAUUGAUUUUUAAUUUGUUGUAGGCUAUAGUCCAACAUUUUUAAUGCUUUUUGAUGAGAGAUUAAAAGAUGAAAAGAUUGAUACGAUUCCAGUCUGUACACCAAAUAUGAGGCUACCACCAGCCGAUGGUUAGCUUAGCUGAGCAUAAAGACUGGAAAUAGGAAAAAACAACUAGCCUGGCUCUGUCCGAAGACUUUGACUGUUUACAGUUUAAACAAAUGAUAUGUAACGUGAUAAUUAGUGGGCUUUAGAUAUGCUGGAAGCUGGAUUUUGAUUUGAUUUUGUAGGCUACCUUGACAGAGCCCGGCUAGCUGUUGCCACCUGUUUCCAGUCUUUGUGCUGAGCUGUCCGGCUGCUGGCGUUAGCUUCAUCAUGCAGACACGAGAGUGCUAUUGAUUUUCUCUUCCAACUCUUGACAAGAAAGUGAAAUAGUGUUCAGCUUAUGUCAAAGACGAAUUGUUUGUUUAACCUAGCAUUGACAAUAUUUCUUAACAAUAUAAUAUAAUUAGCUUAAUUGAAGCCGCAACCAUAUUUGUGAAGGAGCAACUACGGAUGUUUUUCUAGCCAGCUUUCAAGCUCACAGAGAGUCAUUUAGGAUUAUAUUAGCCUUCUGGUUCGAGGAGAAUCAAACUAGCCUAUGCUAUGCCAGUCUCUCUCAUCGCAUCUUCAAGGUAAAGGCAUUAAUGAAUUAGCCUAGCUCUGUGUAAGUAGGAGAAAUUUGUAAAAUCUUACAAAAAAACAAUAUAUCCCCUUCCUAAAUAAUUAUUCUACUGUCCAACAAUAUAUAAAAUGUAAGAAAUCCCUUUAUGUGUUGAUAAGAUCUUAGAUCUUGACUGUCUCACAAAUUAAAGCAGCUACACAACCUACCUAAACAGCCCGUAUUUACGAUGUCUUCUACCCAAUCAACAGAGGGCUUCUUUUAGAAUCAAUAUAUAAUCUCAAAGUGUCUAAAAUCCAAAAUUGGAUUUGGGAGACCAAAGAUCAACGCUAGCUUUAUUAUGGUUGUACACAGUAUACCAAUGCUUUGUUACAUCUGUGCAGCCGCUUAACUAGUGAUUCGUAUAACAUUCAAUUCACCAGUCCUUUAAAAGAAUGUUUGGUCAACCGUGCUCUUACAUGAUGAAUGUUUGGGCAUUUCAGUUCACUGUGCUACUUCCUCAGCAAGAGUAGGACACUUAAAAAGUCACUUGCAUGUAUGUAAAUGUUGAGGUAACGUUCAUUCACCUCAAGUUAAUCUACCUUGUACAAUAGAGGCCUCAAAUAAUGCUGAAUGUCUGUAAGUAAGAGAGAACUAGAGAGAGGUGGGGACAGAGGGAAAGGACAACUUAAAGUACAGAUGCGCCAUAUUUCAGAUUCUUCCACUGAAUUGCACGUAGAGAAUGUCUAUCUAGCUCUGAUUGUAUAUACUGUUUGUUUCUUGAGAUGUCUGAAUGUCUCUCUCUGAAUGUUUCUUGUCAAUCGUUCUCCGAUCAAGACUGACAAACUGUCUCAAUGAAUGUGGGUCCUGAAUGUGUUUCACGACUUCUACUGGACUCGUUUUGCAUACGCACACCUGAGGGUGCGUUUUGUUUUUUGAUAUUCUGCGACUUCGUCAAGCAAUUUACACGAGUGUCUUUUGAAUUUUCUGUGGUCAGCAGAAGCAUAGUUCAACUAUGUUUUAAUGUCAUAACAUCAAAUUAGGAGCUGACUGUGACCAGGCUGACGCAGUUAAAAGGUCACUCGGGGUGGGGGUGGGGGGGAUUACAAUUUGGCCGAACGACAUUAUUGUGAAGCGAAAAGCGAUUGUACAACCACAGUCUGAUCACCUCUCAACAUGUUAGUUAACCCCUCUACACCCUCUACCAAACAAGCCACCUCUCUGUGUCCUGACUUCGCUGGAAGGCGUUUCUAAAAAAAUAUAAUUUUUUAUAAAUGCAUGACACUAUUAGUGUAAAUAUUCUGUCUUUUUGUUUUAAGCAGUUAGCUAUUGUGUUGCUACUUUGAAUGUGAGGGUUAAGAGCUGAAAGACAAAUAAAUGAACAUACAGGGCAUAACAUUCUUAUUAACUUUUGCUAAUGAGCAGCCAGUAAAACAUUUCACUCUCAGCAACCGUCCAGGUUUUUCUUCCGAUUUGAGCUCAUUUGGUGGCAGUUGAGGUAACAGUGUGACUGCAGCAGUCACGUUCUCUGCCGAGAGCAAUAUCACCAUAAGACGGCAUGUCGUCUUUGCAGUGUUACAACCAUCAGCUCGCCAUGGAAGAAGCAGUAUAAAGCCAUCUCUAUACCUUUUGGUUUGCUCGUAUUCAGUUCCUUUUUUUUGUCUGGUAUAUUUUCUGUGAAAUAAGAGUAAUUAAAGGAAUGUAUCUUUGUAUGUACUUGUCAAUAAAGAUAUUGUGUACUUUAUUCUUUAUCAGAAUAUCUCUGUAUCGUGUGUCCCUUAAAGAAAUAUGCUGAAUGUGUACUAUAUAUUAGUUCUGCAUUUCUUUCACAUGCUUUGCCACUUUUGAUUUUAUGUCAAAACAAGUUAGUCAAUUACAUUUGAGAAUAUGUAACACAUGAUACUUGUCUCUGUGAAAAUAUACAAAAUAAAUAUUGUUUUGAUUAAA